AUGAGCUCAACAGUGAGAACUGAGGAAACGAACGUGACAUCGACGAAUCUGGCGCCUACGAAGGCCGAAAAAGAUGAACAGGUAUCAUCUGUGAAAGCAGGAAAAUCGCGAGCAACGGAUGAGAAUGUCGACGGUGACAACGAAGAGGAGGAGGAGGAGUACAAUGAAGAAGAAGACGAAGACUUUGUGGAAGAUGAGGAAGAAGAAGACGACGAUGAUUUUGACGAUGAUGAAGAGGAUGAUGAUGAAGAGGAUGACGAUGAUGAUGAUGAUGAUGACGACGACGACGACGAUGAGAAUGUCGGUGACAGCGGCGAGGGGCACGAUGAAAAGAAGACACCCGCUGCCGACCAAAAUAGCAGGUACGUUUAUGCUUGUGUGCCUAACUCAGUGAACCGAUGA